UAGUUUUACUCACAACAACUCUAGAAAACGACUCCUACCCAAAAUCACCUUCUUAUGCAUAUCUCUAAAACCAGAAGUUAUUUAUAUUUGAAAACGACUCCUACCAAGAACACCUUCCAAUCCAGCUUUGUACCUUCACAAAUUAACCUCUCUUUCUUAGCCGUUACUGUACACUGCAAAAGGGAUUCCAAUCCUCUCUCUCUCACAUGUCUUCCAACAAGAAAAACAUCCUUAAAACCAUCUUUACAGCAAAUGUAGCCUGUGGCUGUGCCAGACCAAAACCCUCAGAUGUAUUUGAACCAACUCGAAGGCCAAAAAUUUCCACCAAUAAUGAAAACCAAAAGCCUCGCACUUCUUCUUCUAGUUCCAGAAAUGGUGGGCUUUCAGUGGAUGAAGAAGAUUUGACCUCCUCAACAAUCUCUGAACCCGAAACCGAUAUUAAUCCCAGGAGUUCAAAGAAAAUCAGCAGCAGCAUCGCGGUGGAGAAGGAUUCAGAUAACCCUUAUCAAGAUUUUCGGCAUUCAAUGCUUCAGAUGAUAUUGGAGAAAGAGAUAUACUCAAAAGACGAUCUUCAAGAGCUUCUCAAUUGCUUUCUUCGGCUGAAUUCACCUUGUCACCAUGAUGUUAUCAUUAGAGCUUUCAAGGAGAUCUGGGACGAGGUUGUGUCACAUAGACUAAUUCUGCAGAAGCCCUCAGUUCAAGGAAACUCAAACUCACGUGAAUCCUAACUAUGCCACGUGUGAGAUGAGAUCCAUGUCAUGAGGACAUUGAAUUAGGAAGCUGCAAAGGAAGGUCACGCAAUUUCAUGAGUCAUCAAUACAAUGGGGUAUCUAGAAAUUUAAAGCUGCAGGCCAGAAGAGAUAUGAGCUGUGUGGUGGAGGCAUGGUGCUCGUUAUUAUUAUUGAUGGGGGAAGAGUUUUCUAUUUCUCUGGUUAGGAAAUUUUGAACUUUUUUUCUUCCUUGUACCAAUUUUUUCCUCCAUUGUCAAUUAAUGUCAUACUGUAAUCCAACAUGAGCUUUAACUACUAAAUGAAUGAACUGUCUAAUUUUAAAUGA